AUGGCGGACCUCAACCUCCAGGAGAUCCACGACACCCUCGUCGAGGUCGCGACCGAGGCGGGCAAGAUGAUCAUGGCCGCGAACCCAUCAUCAAUCGACCAGGGAAUUAAGCUCAACUCCGUCGACAUCGUAACCGAAACAGACCAGGCCGUCGAGAAGAUGGUCUCAACCCGCCUCCGCUCCUCCUACCCCUCCAUCGCCUUCAUGGGCGAGGAAACCUACACCAAGGGAACCCGCCUCGGCCCCGAGCCCACCUUCGUCGUCGACCCCAUCGACGGCACCACAAACUUCGUCCACUCCUUCCCGGACGCCUGCAUCUCCCUCGGCCUCGCCGUCGACCACGUCCCCGUCGUCGGCGUCAUCUACAACCCCUUCCAGGACCUCUGGUUCACCGCCGUCAAGUCGAAAGGCGCCUACAUGCGCCGCGCGGGCGGCGAACCCCGCCGCCUGCCCCUCGCCGCCAACCCCGUCCCCCUCCGCGGCCUCGACAGCGCCCUGCUCGCCUGCGAGUGGGGCUCCACCCGCGACGGGCCCAACUUCGACCUCAAGGCCGAGACGUUCCGCAAGCUCGCCGCGACCAAGGAGACCGGCGGCGCCAUGGUCCACAGCAUGCGCGCGCUCGGGUCCGCGGCGCUGAACCUCGCCGCCGUGGCCGCGGGCCAGCUGGACGCGUACUGGGAGGGCGGGUGCUGGGCGUGGGACGUCUGCGCGGGCUGGUGCAUCCUCAACGAGGCGGGCGGGCUGAUGGCGGGCGGGAACCCGGGGGUGUGGGAGCCCGCCGUGGACGAGAGGGUGUAUCUCGCCGUCCGCGGGGCGCCGAGCGGGCAGAAGGAGCUCGUGGAGGAGUUUUGGGGGGUUCUGGGGGAUAAGAAGCUGGAUUAUACUGUUUAG